CUCGAAGGCUUAUAACAUCAUGGGUCGGAGAAAGAUUGAGAUGGAGAUGGUGAAAGAUAGCAACGCAAGGCAAGUCACCUUCUCAAAGCGUCGAAACGGGCUCUUUAAGAAGGCCAAUGAACUUGCAACUUUAUGCGCUGCUCAAGUCGCCAUCGUUGUUUUCUCUCCCGGUGGAAAAUCUUUCUCAUUUGGAAACCCUAGUGUCGAUGAAGUUACUCAUCGCUAUCUACAUGAGGAUUACACCAUUCAGGUUGAUCCUAAGCAACAGGCAAAAGUUGAUAAACUUAACCAAGAACUCAAUGAGGUGCAUAGGGAACUUAACCUAGAGAAGAAACGAGGGAAGAUGCUCGACAAGACUCUCAAAGAAAGUGGAGCAGCAAGAGCAUUGGACAUCAAUAAUCUUAACUAUGAUGAGCUCAUGCAACUGAGGGCAAAGUUGGAGGAGCUUAAGAGGAAUGUAAAAGGACAUGUUAACGAAAUUGAGGCGUCUUCUUCAUUGCUAAUGCUGAAAAAGUCUGGUGGUAGAGAAGAUCAUGAUUAAGUUAUGGUUUAAGCCGAUAAAAUAAAUUGUGGAAAUUAUCAUCUUCCUUUUAUAUGGCCUUCCAUUAUAUGAAUUAAAGCUAAUUUAUAUUAAGAAC